CUGACAGGUCAAUACGCAUCAGGUGCGGAGAAGAGUGUAGGGGCUGUCCUGGUCCCCCGGAAGUCAAGCCCGGCCUCUGUCGGCAUCUCAGGAAUCCGACCUGUUGGUAGCGUUCCUUGCCAACACCACAUCAUAGCAUUUGAGGCUACCAAAGCACUCCUUGAAGCUAUUCGAAUCGACGGAGGGAAAGCAUCGAAACACGAUCGCCGCGUUCAGAGAUACAGAGCUUACAGACAACACGUCCAUGUCUUCAGGGCCCGAAGGAAAUCCCUCCAGCGCCGCGCGAAGAGGUCGACCACGACGGCAGUACAAGUGUGCGCACUGCGCGAAAGCCUUCAAGCGCAGCGAGCAUUGCAUUCGGCACGAGAGAACCCAUACACACGAGAAGCCCUACGUGUGUCGAUACUGUCACAAGUCAUAUGCGAGGAAGGACCUCGUAACGAGACACGAGCGCACACUUCAUGCGAAGGAACAAGCAAGAGAAAAGAUUGGGGAUGUGGUGACAGUGGCAUGCGCGUCACUGGCGCAAGCGACAGCUUUUUCGCCGUCGAGAGGCAAUGACUACAUGAACGUAGAUCAAGACGACGACGAAAGAUCUGGCCAAGAAUCUCCAGACUCGCGGUCGCCAGACGAAGGCGCCGCUUCUUCCACAACAUCACCAUGUUCCAGUCAAGCGCACCGUGCCAGUUCUCGACGGAAGUCAUCCUCCCGGCGGACAGCCGAUCCUGAUAUCGAACUAGAACAAAUGUUGAUGUCUUUUCAGCCAUUGACUGAUCAAUCCUUCGAGGUGCGUAGGGAUCCAAGAGCCACCGAAAGUCGACCCGCAGAUAUCUUCCAGCAUGGUACUCAACGGGAGGGAAAUUUGCUGCCUCUUCACUACUUUCACGACGUCGAUCCAGUUGAAGAGUUGCCACCUUUAGAUCCAGCCUUAUUCAUGGACAUGGAUUUUCCUUUCGAAAAUAUUGCCAUGGACGUACCGAGUAAAUAUCCAGCAGAAAACGGACAUGAGACCGGGGCUUCAGGGGAACAACCCCCGCGUCAUCCACAACACCCACCAGAGGGAAUUGAUGCUGCUGGUCCGUCCAUGAACGCAACCGAAAAUAAUGAGUUGUUUUCACCGAAUACGCUGGCCCACCUCGGCAUGAGCACAUUUAACCUAUCGCCCUUAGCAAGCAACACCGCCGAGCAGAGAGAUGAUCGCAGACAAACCUUACGCCAUCCCAACACUGCGGACCUUUCAAGCGGAGGUCCCCCUAGAUGGGCUAGCUGCCACACAUCGCCGGGUGGCAGCGAUCUCCCUUCUUUACUCGAGGACGGGCGUCAACAAUAUCCGACCGUCACCUUUGAUGAAGACACGCACAUGUCUCUUCGCAAAGACACAUCAUCGCGGGUGAAGUUAUCAACUGUGGACUUUCAGCUGCCCACUGCCAAAACAUUACAAGGCUUCUUAUCUGCUUACAUGACGAGUUUUCAUAGCCAUUUCCCGAUCAUUCAUAUGCAAACCUUCGAUUUAGCGCACACUCCAGGCCCGUUGGUGCUUUCGAUUUGUUCCAUCGGCGCUCUUUACCGCCUGGACCGUCGUCGGGCGCGUCAUCUCUAUGACUUGGCGAUCCGCAGUGUGGAACAGGUGCCUCAACCAACCAAGGAUGAUUCCAAAUCCAUGGUAAAGGAUUACUUUCUUUGGUUCGUGCAGGCGAAAAUCCUUCUCAGCUUUUAUGCAGUCAUGAGCGGGGAGAAGGAUCUAGUCGAUGCAACGAUGAAAGACAAUGGCUUCUACACUUUGGUCUAUAACAAGGCUCGAAUUACGGUAGAAAACACUCAAACAGAAUCAUCCGAGAUGACAUGGCACACAUGGAUCGAGCUCGAGUCAUGGAAACGCGCGCUAGGGGGCAUCUUCAUAGAGAGUACCCUCACUAUGGUGAUCUACGACGUCAACCCUGGAUUUCAUGCGACCCAAGAUCUGGACAUUGAAACAUAUCAAGAUGAAAAGAUGUGGAACGCAAGGUCACCUGCAGAAUGGCGAGAGCUCCGCACGGCUGCCUCAAAAAGCUCACCAAACAGCCGUCGGCACACGAUAAAGGACGUUCUCGUUGACAUACUACUGGAAGGGAAGUAUCAUGCCGAUACAAUACCGUACCAUGUCUCGUCUUUCACCGCACUUGUUCUGACCCAUGCGAUUGUGGUUCAUAUGUGGCAGAGAUUACAAAUCUGCCAGGCCCUCGCUUCAACAUGUUCGAUGGCAACGACAGGCAAUGGUGAUGACCAAGACCCACUCAGAGCUUCGCUUCUUAACGGAGCCAUGCAGUCGCUGGCUCGGUGUGGUGCUUUUCUCAAAGGCGUUAGCAGUGAGUUGCGUCAGCCACGUCCGGAAGAAGACGAGAAGGAUAGGGAGCUCUCACUUGUCUUCAAUUGCCAGGCAGUCUUACGUAUUGCUUACACCAGAAUGUCGAAAAUCGCCACCACUCCCUGUCGAAUCAGCCUGUUGAACCUCGAAGACAGGGACAUUGAGUCAUGCGUGUCAUCAUUCGUCAAAGGCAGGAUGGAACGAAGCUCCCAUCUCCUUGAGAUGGUAUCAAAGUCCUUUGAAGGAAUGGUUGUCCCAGUCAAGAUGGGGCAUCUUCUGGUCCGGAAGACUGCUGCUUUCCGAUGGAGUAUCGAGCACGCUGUAGCAGGGUGGACUGGUGGUCUUCUUGUGUCGAAAUGGGCCCAGUCCAUGGAACAGGACAUGGUAGUUGGGGUACAACCAAGCCAAAGCGAGCUGGAACUACUGACUUUGAUCCGAGAGACUUUAGAUGAGGCUGAGUGCGACAUCGGCGAGGGACAUGCCCUCGCCGCCGGGAUCGCCAGGACAUGGGGCUGGUUUCUAAAAGAUGUCUGGGUAUGGGGCAUAACGCCACGGAUGGGAGGAGUACUGAAUCAACUGGCCGAUGCGUAUCAGGACGCAUAUGAUGCCAACCGCCGCACCUCUACCGGCUCGCCAUACAACGUAGAAAAGACGGGUCUAAGGGUACAUCAAACAUCUAUGUUGCAGAACGUGUUUUGCUAGUAGUCAAAUACGUCAAGCGGCUGUAAUGUUGAGCCAGAAGGCACAACUCAAACUUAUUUCCCGCAGGCUAAGACAGUAGACAGAAUAUCUAGGGAGCUAUACGCGUUAUGAAAGAGGAAAAGACAGGAGCCGUGAGUUAAUCACUAAGGCGCCAGGAACUGCGAGGUCGGAGUUGAUCAUUCUCUCGUGGGGAAUCGCUAGGCGCAAGGGAGAGCAGCGUGCUGAAGCCUUCCUAAGUAAGGUACCUUGAUAGGUCGCAAAGUAGCGAGUUGGAAAGAAUGAGUUUCUACGUAAA